AUGCAGACCAAGAACUUCCUGUAUGCGCUCCUCGCACUCGUCGAGAUCACCGCUGCGGUGCCCUCGUCGCUGGAACGAAGAAUAGACUGGGGAACGGUAAAGCGUACAGCCAGUGUCACGAUUCAAAACAACGCGCCCGAGAAAAUCAAGUCCGUCUCGCUCAUUCACAAAUACAGCAGCGUCUAUAAGAGCAGGGCCGAGUGGCCGCUUAUUGAGCAAGGAAAGAGCCCGGACCCUGACAACAGAACCACGGUGGAAUAUAAUACCGGCCCUUUCACCACUGGCCGGGACUGGUGGCUUCUCAGCUUCUACAACGACGACAUAACGAUCAAUUACAUGACGAACCCCAACAACUUUCGGGACGUGGUCGAUUUCCUUGAGUCAAUAGGAACGGUCACCACCAUCAGUCUCUUUGGCGCUACCGCUGGGGUGUUGGCGGCAGCUGUCGCGAAAGCCACGACGGACCGGCUAUUUGAUUCAGAAACGACAGUCGGAUUUAAACAACACAUUCUUCGGUCGGAAGAUGCGGACAAGCUGACCACCAUCGUCAUCAAUGCGGACUAUACAAUUACCUUCAAGUCCGAGUCGGGCAUCUCUGAGACCGUUACUGCUAGGAGGGUUCCUGAUAUCCAAGUUAAGAACGAAAAGGGAGUUUUAGUGGCACAAAGCCAGAAGCGAUAA